UGAACAGACUGCCGUCUACUGAUUGGUCAGAGAGAUUGAUCAGCAUUGUGGGAACUCGUUUGACAGUGAUUUGAAUGUAACAGACAUUUGUCUAUAUUUAAAUGUCAUAAAUGCCAUACAGCUUUAAUGCAACAGUUCCAAACAACCUUUUAAGGCUUUUUUUUGAAGAAAGAGGCAAACAAGCAAACACAAAUAAACAAAAUCAGAAUAAAACGGCCAAAUGGUUAGGGUGUGAUUCAACUUCUGCUCGCCUAUUUGCAAAGUCUCCUCCCUUUUCUCGCCACGUCCUGUCUGUUCUUCACUGUGUCCAGCUAAAUAAAGGCUUUAAUUCUAAAAAUAAAGAUCCACUCAAUUUUUUUGCCACUGUUUAGCACUGUCUUGUUACCCAGCUACACUUAAUUCUCAAAAGCCUGAGGGGUGGAGGCUGGAGUAGUGGUGUCGUAAACCUUGCAUUAUAUCCUGGGCAGUAUAAAUAUAAACAAAUUUAUGAAUACAAAUUUAGCUUAAAAUCCAAAAUACAUUGUUCCAGGAGUUUUCUAAACAUAAAACUGAUUUCACACAUAAUAAAUUAUUUAUAACAACAACAACCAAAUAUUCCCUGACAGACACUUAACAAAUAUACUGUAGAUGAAGUGAUCCUUGUGGCCUCAUCAGAUCCAGCAUCAGCCAGACCUCUGCUUCAGUCUGGACUUCCUGCCAAACCUCUGAAUAGCCAGUCCCUGAAAACCAAUAACCACAAGGGUGUGAAAUUGUCCUGUCAUCAUUCUCCUGCUUCUCUCCUCUCUCAUUUUCCACUUUUCUUUCUCCUCCGUCUUUUCCCGCCCCUCCGUAAAGCCAGUGCGUUGUCAGAAAAACAAUGCAAAACCAAUAAGCUAGCAAAUAGCUGUAAUCUUUCAGUCCAUGAUGCACAAUCACCCAUUCAGCGAGUUGCAGGCCCGGCUGCAGCCUGGCAGCCUCAUCGGUCUCUGGUGGGGGCGAACGAUCAAGUCGCCCCGGCAUCUAACAGAUGACACCAGGAUGAACGGCGAGCAGAGAGUCGGUCGCACCACAGCAGCCAAGAGAGGAAGCACCGCCCUUAAAAGAUCCGGUGAUGACAUUGAGUACAACAGAUACACUGAGGACCACUAUAAUAGGGUCUUUGACUACCAGCGUGUUCCCUCAGUCCCGGUGGAAUCCAGCGCGGUCAAGCGGCUUCGUCCUUCAUCCUCCUCCUCCUCCUCUUCCUCCUCCACAGUGGCUCUGAGGAUGAAGAGCAGCAGAGCGUCCAGCGGGAGCAACAACACACUCACCACGUCCUCCGGCAGCAGCAGCAACACUAAAUUGAAGAUGGCUGAGCUUCUUGCCAUAAAGAGAGAGUUGACGGUGAUCAAGGUUCAGAUUGACGGUCUGUUGGACAGUGUGGACAAGAUGGACAGACAGAGGAAGGACUGUUCAGAGUGUCCUCAGAGCAGCGAGCCCAGUGUGUCAGGUUCUCCUCACCACGGUUCAGUCAGCAGUCUGGAGAGAGAAAGUCCUGAACCAGGAGAGGCCAGCGAGGAUGAGCCACUGCACUGCCACCAUUACUACCCCCACAGGAUAAAGCAGCAUCAGUCUGAUCUAGAAGACGACCUGUGAAGCUACGGCCCAGACACAGAAGCUUGAACAGCUGGGAUUGAAGAUGCUUCAAGGAGAUAGAUUUUAUUAUUUGAAUUCGACAUCAUCACUUUUUAAUUGAGGUUUUUCAGUCCAUAAAAAAUGCACGGUGCAUG